UUCCUCACUCAGGACACGGGGACCCUACGUUUUGUUGUUCCAGGUAAGCUGCUCCUGUUAUUUUGUUACUGCGUUGUGCUGUUUGAACUGGUUUAUAGAACACACUUUGAAGGCAGAACCUUGCUCGCUGCAUGUGGAGCAGACGAUGUUAGCUUGAAGUGCUUCCAUUUCACGGUUCAGAGUUAUUGUUGGACUUGUCAGAUGGAGUAAAGCAGAAACUAAAAAAACCUCAGUUAAAUGUUAUAUUCCUUACUUGUUAUUUCAUUAGCUGGGUAGCAAACACUUCUAGACAAUUCAAAUUUGAGUCACGUGUUCUAUUCUCUUUCAGUUAACGAACGUCAAGGUAUUUGAUUGGAGAAGCCACAGCCCACUUGGCGCUUUCAGCCACAUUGUUCUCCGGGAUUAAAGGUCUCCCUAACUGUGUAAAUGGAAGCAACUGAUGUCUUGAAAUUAAGGGUCGUCCUAGAUGACAUAAAUGCAGAAAGGCUCAUUUUGCCCUCUCGCCCUGAAUCUGUAAAUGCUCUCAUAUAUGAGGUUAAAACUAAGCUGAACUUGUCCUAUGACUUUCGCCUUCAAUUUCAAGACCCUGAGUUUGACAAUGCCCUGUGCAAUUUAGUUAACAUAGAAGACCUACCGUCCAGGGCAACUGUUAAGGUAGUCAGACUUAUUCAGUCAGAUCUGAGUUCAACCAGCACAGAUGACACAAUAAUACUCUCUGACAACACAGACUCACCAGAGCAUGCUUGCCGAUGGCCAGAGACAUUUGUUGUUCCAACAUUUUCAUAUGAGGUUGAGUAUGCACUGAGAGAGGGCAACUGUACAUUUGUGAAAGAGGGGAAAACACUCAGGUUGUCCAGGGAUCAAAAACACAACAUACUAGAUGUAAUGGCUGCUGAAAUAUAUAUAAGCAUAAAGCAUAUCCUAGUAGUAAACAGACUGGCAAGGCUGCAAAGGCUCUAGUGAGCAAACACCCCUGUCUGAAAGAGAAUGGUUCCGAAACAGGGUUUGAGGGUUGGAAGAAUAGCUUGCACUUCAAAAUGGGCAACUACAGGACAAAGUUGAGCAGAGCUGGCAUAAAGGAUGUGGCUGUGAAUGCAGGAAAACGCAGCAGGACCAAUCCUGAGGGUGCAUCAUCCAGAGCCAACAUCAAAAGACCUAAAAGAGGGGAAGUCAGCUUCCUUCCCAAUUAUCCCGCUGGAGAAUCUAAGACACACUGGAGACCAUGAGGCUUGAGAUGGUGGAGCAUGUUCAAGAAGACAUCGCCAGAAAGAGACAUGAUUCUCAUCUAUCUCCAUAUGCAGCACACCUUUGCACUCAGACGGGAAGAAGUAGUGAAAUCGGCUCCUCCCAUUGCUGAAAUAAAAGAAAGAUGGCCUGCACUCUUCUGUGAAUCCCAAGUCUACAGUGAAUUCAACAGGAUUGCCAAUCAAAAUCUACCAUAUUCCUUUUUUGCUGCAAUUGACAAAUGUACACCUCAGCUGUUGAAGCUUUACAAAAAGAGAAGGACUGGAAAUUUUGGUGAGAAGAUGGAACAACUCCUGAUGGGAUAUGAAGAACAGGACAAGAGCAACAUCACUGCAGCUAGAAUAGCAGCCCUGGCUGGCCUUCCACUGUACUUAAAGGAGGACUUCUCAGAGAUCUUCAAGACUUGCAAGGAGGACUUUGGGGCAGUUCAGGAGGGAGCAGUGGCUCUGGUGGCAGAAGUGGAUAAAGAGGAGGUGCCUGCAGGUGUUCCUUUUGAAACUCACCAUGUGUCCAUCAUUCUCGAGGAUCAGGUUGUAAUGUCUCACAAAUCUUGGCCAGAUUCUCUGGUGAUUCUUUUUGGACUGAUCUAUGCUCUCAAUUUGAGCUACCCAGAGAAGCUAAGUGGCUUCUUUGAGUUCAUCCAGGUUGUCCUCUUAAAACUUGAUGAUGGAAGAAAGCAGCUCAAACCUAAGUUACAGGCCUUGAGAAAUGAGCUGGAGUAAGUUGGAGCCAAUGCUCCUUGUUGUUGAAGGUCAGUAGUCUGACAUGUUUUAUCUCAAAAGUUUUGGCUUGUUUUGUUUGUUUGAUUACAUGUUGCUUGGAUAUAUGACGAAUUAGCUAAAAUAUUGACUGACUUUAUUGUAAUGGCUAUGCGAUCAAAAAUUUAGAUUAUAGUGGGACUUAAUGGGACAUUUUUGUCCUUAAUGAAUCAAGAGUAAAUUUAGUCGUAAAUUUGAUGUGAUGCUACACAAAAACAAAUAAUGCAUCAAAGUCAAUAUAGAGGACUGGUUAAAAAUCCUCUAGCCACCCAAUAUGUUUGAUAAUUAUUGACUGGUAGUUUUGAGCAGGGCUGAAGUUAUUGCAAAAAAGCAGAAAACAAGUUAUCUGGUAUGCUUUUACAAAAGUAUUUGGAGGUGAACAUUUUUCUCCACUAAAGGGGGUUGAGGGGAGUUUGUUCAGUUCAGCUACAAAUAAUUUUAAAAUAUGUUUUUUAUCCCUGUAGUGCUGUUUAGACAUCUACAGUAUAUUCUUUUUGUAUUUCACAGACCUUGUUGGGAGCAGUUUCAUGUAGAUUCUAAAUUCCAACAGAUUACUGCAAAAAGAAAAUCGUUUCUACAUUAAACUGCUCGCAACAAGGUCUGGAGAUUAUUUUGUGUAACCAGGUCAUGAUCUCUGGAAAGAGACAGUGCUGCUUGAUUUUUUUUUGAAAACGUAUUGUGUGACUCUUGGCACAAUAAGUUGAGUGCUACAUACUGUCAUUAUUUUGGAGAUAAAGCAGGCAUUUUUUGAAAUGGAAAUUAAGUCUGAAUUUGUAUGUUAUUGUUAUUGAAUUUUUGAAUGUGAAGAAAAAGUGGAGUGGAAUAUGCAUUCAGUUAAAUAAACUGUUUAAGCUGUGCCAGAUGUGCAUUGUUUGUAUUGUGUUAAUACAACUUAAAUGGUUCAAGGCAAUCGGUUUCCUCAAAUGAAUCGAGUAACUAGAAGUUGUCACAACUAGAAUGUAGUGAUUUGCUUCAGUGGACACAAAUUGAGUGAAUUCAACUUGUAUAGUUACAUUUGCUUGGUUCAAAUAAUUUCCUUAAUUUCCAUAAUUAAUUUACAUUUUCACACUCUAAAUGAGUUUAGAUAAAUGCUGCAUAUGAUUGUAAGUACUUAGUAGCUUUAAGUUCAGCUGACUUAAUGGAAUAGGUGAUAUUAACU